AUGGUUUUCCAAGAUUUUGACCUCCUAUCCGAGCGAAGAAGAUUAGAAAGGCAACAAAAAUUAAGAAAGAAAAUUGUCAUUGCUGCUGUUUCAAGCAUUGCUUUCUUUGUUAUAGUUGGUGCUGGAGUUUUUGCCCUUGUUUCUAGUCACAACACCAGCUCGGAAAACAAGGGAGCUGGAUCAGGUGUAUCUCAGCCUGCACCAUCCGCAAAAUCGAUAUCAACUGUCAUCAGGGUUAUCAAAAAGGUAUGUAAUGCUACCACUUAUCAGGAUACCUGCCAAAACACCCUCAAGAAGGAAGUGGAAAAGAACCCUUCUUCAGCUCAACCCAAAGAUCUUCUCAAGAUAGCAAUCAAAGCAGCUGAUGAAGAGAUAGAGAAGGUUUUAAAGAAAGCCUCCUCGUUCAAAUUCGACACGCCAAGGGAGAAAGCGGCAUUUGAUGAUUGUCUAGAACUUAUUGAGAAUGCCAAAGAAGAAUUGAAAGACUCUAUUACCCAUGCUGGUGAUGAUCUAGGGAAGCUUGCUAAAAAUGCCCCGAACCUGAACAAUUGGCUGAGUGCUGUCAUGUCUUACCAACAAACUUGCAUUGAUGGAUUUCCUGAAGGGAAAUUGAAAUCUGAUAUGGAGAAGAACUUUAGGGCAGCCAAGGAGCUCACCAGCAAUUCCCUGGCAAUGGUCUCAUCAUUGGCUUCAUUACUGAAAAAUUUACCCUUUCCGGGAGCAGUUAACCGUCGCCUUCUGGCUGAGGGAAACAAUUCACCAUCAUUGGACAAGGAUGGCCUUCCUGAAUGGAUGAGUCAUGAGGAUCGGAGGAUUUUGAAGGGUGCUAAUCAAGACAAGCCAAAACCACAUGUUACUGUGGCAAAAGAUGGUAGUGGAGACUUCAAAACUAUUUCCGAAGCAUUGGCAGCCAUGCCAGCAAAAUAUGAAGGACGGUACGUUAUCUUUGUUAAACAAGGAAUUUACGAUGAGACCGUGACAGUGACAAAGAAGAUGGUGAAUGUCACCAUGUACGGUGAUGGAUCACAAAAGACCGUUGUGACAGGGAACAAAAAUUUUGUUGACGGAGUUCAGACUUUCAGGACUGCAACUUUUGGUAUAUUGAUCACUUCGACACUAUGA